CAUCUGUUUAAACCUUCAUCCCCAUCGCGAGACGAUGCUUCACGCCCUCUCUUCGGACUUGGUCACUCGGAUCCUAAACCAACUCACCAUUCAAGACACCUAUGGCUUUAUUGCCAGUGCAUUGCUGCUUACGCACAUAUCUCCCCUACAGCAGAAUGCGAUCAACCUGGUCGUAAUCAUGGCAUACCAACGUAUUUACGGCGGGAAACUCACGGUAUACUCAAACCUCGACCAGACGAACUCUCCACAGUUCGAGAAGUCCAUGACGUUGUCGGCGUUCCAGGACGAGCUUCUGACCACCCGAGAUUCGGUCGAAAUCAACACUUUUAAACAAACUCGUCCCCAGUACGUGGUGUUUGUGUUCAUUCGUCAACCCAACGACUACACCAAGUUCGUCCGCGACCUUAACGCAUUCAGCGAGCUUAUCGACGGCAAGACCCGCUCCCGCGAGUUUGUGGCGUACUUUGAGCUGCUUCUCCAGUGUGGACUCACCAUCGACGGCAGCUCAGUGGUGUCACUCAUGACCACCUCGUCGCUCGUGGCGAUUCUCAAGGUGUUGAUUCUGAUCUCCACCAAAUCCAACGCCGUGUGUGAGAAGCUCACCACCAUAACCAUCCGAUUUUCACAAAUAGGCCGGUAUUUUGUCACCCAGUGGUGCCGAUUGUUCUCACGAUUCAUAAACGUCACCCACUUGGACAUCUCGCAUAACUUCAUUCCCCUGGAUGAAUACGUGUUCAACAUCAAUGAGCCGUCGAUGAAAGAUAUCAUUGGAACCUGCUUCCAAUGGCCUCCACGCCUUCGCUACCUAAACUUGGACAGAAACGACAUUUCCUACCUCUCGUGUGAACUUCUUCGACGCCUUCCUGACACGCUCGAGGUGUUGUACUUAGCGGGCAACCAGUUGCUGGCAAUUGGACCCUUCAGCCCCGAAGAACAUGGUGUCAAUCACUACCUUCCGAAUCUUCACACCAUCUCCUUCAAUUUCAACGUCAGGCUCACGUUUAUCGACCCUGCAUUUUUUGCAGCGUCCAAGGCAAUUUUAAAGCUCUGCUGUGUCAAGAAUUGCAAUCUUCACCAGGGAAACUUGCCUCAGCUCCUUCAGGUUGCAAAACAAAUGAACUUCACUAUCGUCGUAUAGAUCCGGCAUAUAGUCAUCAUGGCCUUGUGUCAGACUUCCGCGCAUUAAAUGAACAAACCUCC